AUGUCGACGGCACUGGUAGAGGAUGCGCAGCCACCGACGUUGCAGAAUAUCCUAGACCAAAAGUCACUCAAGUGGAUUUUUUGCGGUGGUAAGGGUGGUGUCGGUAAGACGACCACGUCGUGCUCCCUGGCGAUUCAGCUCGCCAAAGUGCGUGAGAGCGUGUUGCUGAUUUCGACGGAUCCUGCGCACAACUUGUCGGACGCUUUUGGACAGAAAUUUGGACGCGAAGCUGUCAAGGUGAAUGGUUUUGACAACCUCAGCGCGAUGGAGAUCGAUCCUACAAGUAGCAUGCAGGAGAUGAUUGAACAGUCCGAGCAACAGGGCGGUGCUCUCGCCCCUUUUAUGCAGGACCUCGCCUUUGCUAUUCCCGGUGUAGAUGAAGCCAUGGGUUUUGCGGAAAUCAUGAAGUUGGUCAAGUCGAUGGAAUACAGCGUCGUCGUGUUUGACACGGCGCCUACCGGACACACGCUCCGUUUCCUGAGCUUCCCCAGUGUGCUGGAAAAGGCCUUGACUAAGUUUAGCUCGUUCGGCAAAAGCCUCGGCCCUAUGUUCCAGCAGGUCCAGAAUAUGAUGGGUGGUGGCGCUGGUGCCCAAGAAGACAUGUUUGGCAAACUCGAGAGUAUGCGGCAGAUCAUCACAGAGGUAAACUCACAGUUCAAGGAUGAGACGAAGACGACGUUUGUGUGUGUGUGCAUUGCCGAAUUUUUGUCUCUCUAUGAGACGGAGCGCCUUAUUCAGGAGCUCACGCAGUAUGGUAUCGAUACACAUGCCAUCGUAUGCAACCAGCUACUGUAUCCACCACCAGGGUCACAGUGUGAGCAUUGCCGCGUACGAAAGGCCAUGCAAGACAAGUAUGUGCACGAAAUGAUGGAUUUGUAUGCGGAGGACUUCAAUGUGGUCAAGAUUCCGUUGCUCACGGAAGAGGUGCGGGGCUCAAAGAAGCUGUCUGCUCUCUCGGAAUACCUUAUCCACCCGUACCAGCCCCCCAAGUAG